UGAAAUCCAGAUCCAGUUCAUCGUUCACUGCGCUGCUCAUCGCUUUGCCUCCACAGCACACACACACACACUCAGACACACAACUCACACAACACUCAGACACUCGCAUCUCGACGAACGGCCCGGCAUUUUGGAAAGCUUUGCACAACAACAACAGAGUGCGACGUAACGACAUAGAUUUUGUUUCGCAUUCAAAAACCACGUCAAACCGGGCUGUUGGAGAGAGGACGAGGUCUGUGCAAACAAUGGCGACAGACACAGUGUCCACCAUCUCAAUGGAGCAGGACAGGAGCAGCUUGAGCGGGCAGAGCGUGAGCAGCAGUGGGAACGAGGGUGGAGCGACCCGCGCGACAGCAUCGGCGGUGGGUCGAGCCACAACAACUGCAACCCUUCGUCCAGCAGCAGCAGCAGGGAGCGAAGCCACGGCCACCCAGGCACGGACGAGACACUCUGGGAACACCCAGGCACGCGCGGGCACGGGUCAGCCGGGGCUGGGCGCGCGCACGCUGGCGCUGCGAACUAUUCGCGGGCCGAACGCGGGCGCAGGUGGGCGGACGCUCAAACUCACGCCGAGCAAUAGCACUGGCAGCGCUGUGUCGGGAGCCUCGUCGGCAUCAGGAAAUGCAGCAGCAGCAGCAGCAGCAGGAAGCCCGCGAACAAAGCAGGAAAUGGCUGCGUGGGGCGACUUCCACAAGACAAUGAAGCGGACGACGGCGCUCGCAAACCACUCUGGGAACGAUCUGCAGGCGUGGAACGGCUUUGCUGCGAACGACGUGCAGUACCUGCUCGCAGACCACGGCACAGAGCUCCAUCGGAACAGCUUUGGUGGAGACGAUCUGAAUGCAGAACAGCUCGCUGCGUGGUCGGACUUUGGCAACACGAACAAUGCGCAGCAAUUCCUCGGACAGGCGGAGCGAUCACCGUCGCUGCCAACGAGCGGGGACUUUCCCUUUGCUGGUGCUGGUGCUGGUGCUGGUGCUGCCACUGAUGACUCUGCCAGCAUGGAUUCCAGUGAUGCAAACCACGCGCUUCGGUCGAGCAUCUUUGUGGGCAAUGCAAACGCUCGAGGCCUUACAUUGCGUGCGCCAGCGAAAACAAUGCGCGGAGCAUCGCCAAUGUUCAAGCCUGCGCCAACCAUUUUGGUAACGACGACAACGGACGACCAGCCUCCGCUUUCACCAUCCACAUCCGAGGUGUCUGCCUUGUCCGGAAGUGUUCUUGUGACCGAACCGUUGCGUGCAAGCGCGAUUGUGCCUGGCGCCUCGGUGGAAAUUGAGCUGGCAGUGGAAGCCGAGCAGUCGCAAGCCCAAAGCGCUAGUGCUACCGCUGAUGGCUCGGCGACCGGCUCAGCGCCACAAAGCAUCACCGUGCCCGAUGAUGCGGUCACUGUUCGCGAAUCGUCCUCGUACGCAACUGACGCAACGUUGGCUGUCACCGCCUCGGCACCUUCUGUCAUUGCUGCUGCAGCUGCUGCUGCAAACGGAUUUGCGACAGUACGACUGCCAUCGCGGCAGGUCAGCCAAUCUAUGGCGACGACCGACGCAUCGGGACGCGUCGACUUGUUUGACAUGCAGCAGGCCAAGUCCCAGGGCGAGGCAGCCUUGCAUCUGGAUGGCGAUGAAUUUGCCGCGACGGCCGACCUCCCCAUGCGGCAUUUCGUCUCCACCGUCCUUGGAAAGGUGACGGGCACCAUGCCUCAGUCUGCCAAGUGGUGCGAUCGCUUCUGGUGGGCUCACUUUAUUGACUCUUGCCUGCGCGGCUACGGUCAAAUUCUGUUCAUGAACAACCCCAUUUCGGGGCUCUUCUUCCUCGCGGCAAUCUUUGUCCACUCGCGCUACUAUGGCGUGUGCUCCAUCAUUGGCGCGCUCUGCUCGACGGGAAUCGCGUACUUUUUGUCGCUCAACCGCGCCUCCAUCCGCUCUGGCCUGUUUGGCUUUAACGGUGUUCUGUGCGCCGUGGGUGUCGCCCUCUUUCAAAAUGCCGACGUGGAAGGCUGGGACAACUGGCUGCUCUACAUUCCAAUCGUCAUCAUUCCGACCUUGUCGACGCUCAUUGUUGUUGUGAUUGGUAACAUUCUCGUGCGCCAUUUCGGGCUGGCCACGUUCACGCUCCCAUUCCAUGCAGCGACGUGGAUGUGGCUCCUCGGCAGCCAAGUGUACGCGUACUUUCCGUCGCAGGGUGCCGCCGCAGCUCCGUAUCUUCAAGUACCGACGACUGGCGCCGAUAUUACUCCCAUUUCCUACGACAUUGCUUCCGUGUUCAAGGUGAUUGGGUACAAUAUCGCGCAAGUUUUCUUCCUCGAAAAUCACAUCAGUGGAUACAUUAUUGUCGCGGGAACCGCAGUCUGCUCCCGGAUUUCAGCAGUCAUGUGCGUUUACGGCUCCAUCCUUGCCAUUCUGAUGUCGCUUGCCCUCGGCGUUCCAGUUGGCCAAUUCUAUGCCGGCCUGUGGGGAUUUAAUCCUGUGAUUGUGGCUGUCGCCAUUGGCGGCAUGUUCUACGUCCUGUCGGCUCGUGUGUUUGCGCUCUCUACGGCUGGUACCAUCAUGUCCGUGUUUGUGCACGGUGCUGUGAGCUCCAUGCUCCGGCCCAUCGGUUUGCCGGCGCUCACGUUUCCGUCUGCCGUCACAAGUCUUGCAUUCUGCUUGAUGGCCGGUGCCAUUCCCGGCGCAGUGCCUGUUGAGCUGAGCCGCAUGACCGUUCCCGAGGAUCACCUCCGUCGCCAGCGGCUGGCUGAGCGUGUCUUGUCACGCUUUGCUGCUGUGCGGAGCGUUUCUCGGCAACUCAACAACGGAGCCUCCGCCCACGAGCAGCAGUUUCUCGAACAGUUGUUUGUACCGCUGCUCCUGUGUUGGGCAGCCGCGACGGGCGAUGUUCAAACGGUAGCAGAGCUGAUCGAGCUGGGCGCCGACCCGAAUGUCGGCGACAUGCACAGUGGCCGCACUUGUCUCCAUCUUGCCGCGGCGGAGGGCCAGCUCGAAGUCGUGCGCUUUUUGAUCAGUCGCGGCUCUCAUGUCAACCAGGUGGAUGUCCACGGCAACACUCCCUUGGACGAUGCCAUCGCGUCCCAGCAACCAGCCACUGUCGCAUUGGCGCUGUGCCACAACGGUGGAGUGCACAAUACGCCCGCCAGUCCGCAGGCCCGCACCCUGUGCGAGGAAGUGGCGCUCGGAGCUACCGACAAGGUGGCUCGACUGUUGCAGCUGGGCUACGACGUGAACGUCUGCGAUCUGUACGACCAGCGAACUGCGCUGCACGUUGCCUGCAGCAUGGGCCAUCCGUCCUUGGUGAUGGUUUUGCUGUCGUGCGGUGCAAGCAUUUACAACAAGGACCGCUAUGGCCAAACUCCAGUGGACAAUGCUCGCACCUUUGGCCACGAGAAGCUGGCGACAUGGGUGGCAGCGGAAGGCGAGCGGAUUGCAGCCUCCAAGCGCCGGCCCAUCCAGCGCGGUCGAUCUACGCGACAGCUCAAGGUCGUCGCCGCUCCCGCCGCCGUUGAGCAGGAUGAGAAGGCAGAGAGCAUCGAGCUAAUUGCCUUGCAAAAGUCGCGCAAUCCUCAGUUCCAGCGCAAGGCAACCCUCGCCACCAUCGCCCCUGUCGAUCAGAGCCACGGGGUCAAGACUAGCUCGAGCGAAGACGUCCAUGAGGAAGAAGAGUUGGAGGUGCGUCCUGCGGUCUGCUCGCAAGAGCUGCUCACCUCCGACGACGAGCUGGCGUUCGCCGUGGACAUUCUUCAGGCCCUGCUUUUGUCACAGGAUGAGGUGGCUCUCAAGGCUCUUGGCCCAGCCCUGCUUUCAGCAUCUGCGCUCUCGAAUUCCACAGAAUUCCUCACCAUCAUGCUCGAAAUGGGUGUCAACCCCAACCUCUCCGACUAUGACAAGACCACGGCCCUCCACAUGGCUGCCGGAGCCGGAAACCUGAACGCAGUCAAAGCCCUUAUCUAUUUCGGCGCGGACGUCAACGCCACCAACCGUUGGAACCAGACGCCGCUCGACCGCGCAGUGCUUUGCCAUUGCACGCUCACCGAAGGAGUGCUUUCUCUGCUGCACGCCCAAGAGCGCCGCAUCAACAUGCACGAGUCCGCCGCUGCCUCUUCAUCGCACACUCUGGAGCUGGUGCGCUUUUUAGUCGCCCGGGGUGCGGUUCUUGGCCUUGCGUCCCGUCCAAUGUCCUUGGCGUCCGAGCUGUGCGACUUGGUGAUGGUUGCCUCCGCCUCCUGCCGCUCGGAUCCCCGUCAUAGCGCCGAAACGCUCGAGCGCGCUCAGCAGGAUCUGUCUCUGUGGACGAUUGCGGGAGCUGACCUCAGCGCUGCCGAGUAUGAUGGACGCACCUGCCUGCAUUUGGCGUGUGCGGAGGGCCAGGCCAAACUCGUGGACGCGCUCCUCGUCGGUGGCGCCAAUCCGCUUCUGCGCGAUCGCUGGGGCCAUACCCCCAUCGACGAAGCUCGAGCCAACGGCCAUGCUGCCAUUGCUGCUCGACUUGAUCAGCUCCAAGCGGCAGCAAAGUGA